AUGGGAAGCAAGGAAUACAAGGGCCCUUCCAAGAAGCGCCUCUACCUCCAACACCCCGAGCCGGACACGUACCUCACCCGUCGCCGCAUCACCCGCGUCAUCCCGCCGCCGUGCAAGGAAUCUCCUCCGAAUCCUCCUCCUCCUUGCCCCAUCAUUGUCGAGCCCGUGCCCGCGCCGUGCCCGACGCCCCCUCCGCCUCCUGCCCUCCCUGCGCUGCCGCCACCGGAGCCGCCGAUCGAGGUCAUCGCCGUCGACGUCGAGCCCUCGGAUCACUCCUGCAAGUCGAGCCGCUCCCGGAGCAGGAGUCAUCGCCGCAGCACAGAUCACGACCGGGAGGUAUACGUCGAGCGCGAGCGCUUCGUUCCCGUUCCCGUUCCCGUCCCCGUUCGCGUCGAGCCCAGAUACGACACCUACCGCUACGUCGAGGCGCCGAGGAGACUGGAGCAUGUUCCGCCCCGGAGGAGGCUCGUCGAGGACGAGAGAGACCGCAUCACCGUCAGCAUUGACGAUCAUUACCGGACGCGCGAGCAGCGUGACCGAUAA